AUGGACCUUCUGUGCGCUUCCCCCUCCCCUCCUCCCCCCCACCCCGACCUCCCUCCCCAUGUGCACCUCCCCCAGAAGCACCUGCUGAGCCUGUGGCAGGAGAAGCGGCGCCUCUCAUCCCUAAAACCCGCUGUGGACGAGCUCUCCAUCCUGGUAACUUCCCACGAGCUCUCGUUCCUGGUAACUUCCCACGAGCUCUCGUUCCUGGUAACUUCCCACGAGCUCUCGUUCCUGGUAACUUCCCACGAGCUCUCGUUCCUGGUAACUUCCCACGAGCUCUCGUUCCUGGUAACUUCCCACGAGCUCUCGUUCCUGGUAACUUCCCACGAGCUCUCGUUCCUGGUAACUUCCCACGAGCUCUCGUUCCUGGUAACUUCCCACGAGCUCUCGUUCCUGGUAACUUCCCACGAGCUCUCCAUCCUGGUGCAUGAGUGCUAUGGCAUAAUUUAUGCACACGCACAACCCCCACGUGCUGCAGCAGUUCCAAGAGCGGCAAGAGCAGGUGAGAAGGGAGGGGGAAAAAAGGGUGCGUACACAUGGGCAGACUCUCGCAACCUCCACGUGCUGCAGCAGUUCCAGGAACGAGGUGAAAGGGAGGAGCAGAUUCGCAGCAUGCAGGGCAAGGUGGGGAGUGAGAGGCGGCAGCUUCAGGUGCUCAGGGCAGAGGUGGAGCGCGUGCAGGGUCUCUGGCUGCCCCGCCUCCGCUCGCUGAUCGUUCGCAUCAACGAGGCCUUCUCCAGAAACUUCCUGGAAAUGGCCAUUACUGGAGAGGUGGCUCUAGGUGAGCAAGGGAAGAGUGGAGGGGAGAGGGUGGAGGGGAGAGGGUGGGGGGGAGGAAACGUGAGAACGUGUGAGUGUGGAGGGAAAGCAAGUGAAGGGAGGUUGGCAAGGAGAGAGGGGGUGAAGUGCGAGAAGGUGAGGGAGUGUGCAGAGCUGCAAGACCUGAGUGCGCAUCUCCUGUCUGGAGGGGAGCGCUCCGUAUCAACCAUCCUGUACCUGGUGUCGCUGCAGGACUUAACGCGGUGUCCGUUCCGAGUGGUGGAUGAGAUCAACCAGGGCAUGGACCCCACCAACGAGCGCAACAUGUUCCAACAGCUCGUGCGCGCCGCCACCCACGACCACACCCCACAGUGCUUCCUGCUGACGCCAAAGCUCCUGCCAGACUUAGACUAUGGCGAGGCAUACACGGUGCACUGCGUCAUGAAUGGCGUGCAUGCCGCUCCCCUUGCCUCCACUCCUGGGUUCAAGCAAGGUGAAGCAUUGUGGGACUCGCUCCGACAAAGCGCUGCAGAUGCUUAG